AUGAACCUUCUUUUGCUUCCCAUGAAGCUUCUGGCCUCAAGCGAGAUUAAAGCCAUCUGCAUUGCGAUUGCCGUAGCGAUGGUGACGCCUUUCAUCCCUCGAAAAGCGCUGAUACCGUUCCUGUCUUUAUGGGGAAUCAUAAGCCGGCUUGUAGCGCGUGGGGCUCGCAAUCGUUGCCGCCCUAUCAACAGCGCUGACUCUGAGAACGUCAAGCAGUCCGCGCGAUUUGUGAUGUAUGAGGAUAUGCCGACCGAAAAGCGUCCUUUGGCGUUGGUAACCGGCACGAACAGCGGCAUCGGCUAUCACACCGCGGUCGGUCUGGCUGCGGAGGGCUACACGGUGGUAGUGACGUGCCGCUCGCAUGCCCUAACGCGCGAAACGGCUGAUCGUGUUCGCGUGGAGGCACAGCACCAGCGGGCGAUUUUCCCGAAUCGAUACCGCAACGCUCCCAAGCAUGUUAUCGUUGUCGGGUUAAUGCCUAUUGAGUGCGACGACUUUGACAGUAUCCGCAGUUUCGUGAGCUGGUUCACGGCGAGCUUCGAGAGCCACAAUUUCCAGGUCUUGGUGAAUAACGCCGGGGGUAUGCGCCGGGGCCUAAGGUAUUCGAAAUUCAACCCGGAGUUCGAGUUUCACACGGCAGUAAACUUUCUGGGCCCAAUGCUCUUGACGGAGCUCCUUUUGCCGCUACUGGAGAAGAACGGGGGGCGAGUUGUAUACGUUUCGAGUUUGGCACAUAGGAGCAAUGAGAAAUGCCUUACAGGCUACGGUACCCCCUCGGAACCGAAAAGCACUGCUGCUAACGACACACUCAACGGCAAACUGCUCCGCGCACUGAAAGAGUUGAACCAGGGUGAGGAGAGGUCUGCUGGUCCUCUGUCCAAGGAUUCACUUUCGGGUGCGUUUGUUCGCUACGGCACGAGCAAACUUCUCAACAUUUACCAUGCGCAUGUGAUCGCCCGUCGGUACCGUGACGUGCCGAAUCCGGAACAUCGCGUGUUUGCGUGUUCGCUUCAUCCUGGAGUCAUAAAAAGUGGUUUUGCCCAAGGUAUAGGUUUGCCAAGUAGAUUAAUUAUUAUUUUAAAUUUUAUAAGCUUUUUCUUCUUCAAGACCAGCUGGGAGGGAGCGCAAACAACGUUGCACUGUGCGAUGUGCCCUCUUAAUGAGUUGGAGCUUGUUAUGCCGCCCACGACUGAGGGUGCUGAUCCUGUAACAAGUAAAGGGAACAAUACCCACAAGUUGGAGGAUGGAUAUGUGAGCCCAUAUUUUGUUGAGUGUGCGAAUCAAACGAAAUUGAUGCUUAGGAAGCAUGGCUGGGAUGUUAAGGAGGCGGAAAUGAUCAUUAAGUGGGCCAAAGAACUUCUAGAUCUUCAUUAA